AGAUCACAUGUAGAACCUAGAUAAUAUUUCCUUAUUAGUGUUGUUAUUAUUGUUUGAUCUGGCAUCACUGUAGUUCCCGCCAAAACCCCACCAUAAUACAGACAACAACCUUCACCUUCUCUCUAUUUUUCAAUCAUGUGGAACAGCACAGCAGGUGGAUUUGAUAGUGGGUAUGGUGGUGGUAAUGAUGGAGGCUUCAUGAACUCUCAGAAUCAGUUUGCCUCGCCAGGUGGACAGGAUCAAAAAAAGGCACGACACUCCCAGAACUUGGUACCGGUGACAAUUAAAAACAUUAUAGAUUUUGAGGGUGACAAUUUGCUGAUAGCUGGAAUGGAAGUUCACAUGGUAGAUGUGGUGGGCUUAAUUCGUGCUGUAGACAUUACCAGCACCAGGAUCACCUACACCAUUGAUGAUCACACAGCUACAAUAGAGGCUGUGCAGUGGCAGGAGCCAGAACAGUCAAGCUCUGGAGUUCCUGAGCAGUGAGGGACACGUAUAUACGACCAUUGAUGACGAUCACUUCAGGGCAAUAGAAAGCUAAACUCUGAUGUGCAUAGAAUAUGAUACCUGAACUGUUGGGGUAAUUUCUUGGAUUACUUGAAAGGAUAAUGAUAGAUUUCAAAAUGUCUAUACAGUAAUAAAGUUGUAUUCUGUGGCAAGGUACUUUUAAUGAAUGAAUUUCUUUUUCAAAUUUAAAUUUGAUUCUUCAGUUACAUUAUUUUGUUAAUUUUUGUUUCAUAUGUUUUGAAUUGAGAGCAAUUUUUGAAUAUUGUUUUAAUAGUGAGAGAUCCAAGAAGAAACUGAUUGUUUUUAAUAUAAGGAUACAUUGUA